AUGGGGAGCGACUUGUAUAGUGGGGAGCAUGGAAAGCUUUAUUCUGUAGCAAUACCGUUAUAUACCAUAGGCUACUGGUAUGGAGCUCGGUGUCUUUUACUAACUUGGGCGGCUACGGGUCUUAUGUCCUUGGCUGUGGAGCCGAUUGGGCGAGCACUUGGUGGCGCCAAGAACCUUUGGGCAGCUGGAAAUUUUAUUCUUGCUGGUGGCUUGGCUAUGACGCUUUACAUCAGCAAGCUAGCUAAGGACGAGCAGCUUAAGCGCAAUGAUUUAACAUUUACUCGUGAGCCCUCCAACGGCAUUCAGGCUUGGGUUUUGCCUUUUUUCGGCGUUCUCGGCAUUUUCCUUACGAUAACAUUGAGUGUCGCGCCUGCACUAGCAUCCAUCUACUCAAACAAGAGUGGUGCAGUAAAAGAGAGAAAUGAACUGGGUUACUUCACCAUCUUCUUUAGGAGAUUCGAUGAUAUGUUGUCAUUCACAGAGAUAAAAGCAUGCCACGGGCUCUGCACAAAUGUGAAAACCUUAUCAAUUUUCUCGAUCCUUCUUCUUCUAUUCUUGAUGGCUGUUGCUCUGUCCUGCGUCCAAGACAAGCCGGCAUUACCUGAGAAGGAGUCACAUGAGAGGAAAAAGGAAGAUGAUAGAUGGCAAGUGGUUAAAUGCUUUUGGAAAAAUUUCGGACCAUGA